UUUAUUGGAUUCACGUACUGUCAUGGGGGACUUGGGAUGGAUUGCUUUUCCAAAAAAUGGGUGGGAAGAGAUUGGUGAAGUUGAUGAAAAUUAUGCCCCUAUCCACACAUACCAAGUAUGCAAAGUUAUGGAACAGAAUCAGAAUAACUGGCUUCUGACCAGUUGGAUCUCUAACGAAGGUGCUUCCAGAAUCUUCAUAGAACUGAAGUUUACUCUGCGGGACUGCAACAGCCUUCCUGGAGGACUGGGGACCUGUAAGGAAACUUUCAACAUGUAUUACUUUGAGUCAGAUGAUGAGAAUGGGAGAAAUGUCAAGGAAAACCAAUACAUCAAAAUCGAUACCAUUGCCGCUGAUGAAAGCUUCACAGAACUUGAUCUUGGGGACCGUGUCAUGAAACUGAAUACGGAGGUUAGAGAUGUCGGACCUCUAAGCAAAACGGGAUUUUAUCUUGCCUUUCAAGACCUGGGUGCUUGCAUCGCCCUGGUUUCUGUGCGCGUGUACUAUAAGAAAUGUCCUUCUGUGGUACGACACCUGGCUGUCUUCCCUGACACCAUCACUGGAGCUGAUUCUUCGCAGUUGCUGGAAGUAACGGGCUCUUGUGUCAACCAUUCGGUGACAGAGGAACCACCCAAAAUGCAUUGCAGCGCUGAAGGGGAGUGGCUGGUGCCCAUCGGGAAAUGCAUGUGCAAGGCAGGAUAUGAAGAGAAAAACGGCACCUGUGAAGUGUGCAGACCUGGGUUCUUCAAAGCCUCACCUCACAACCAGAGCUGCAGCAAAUGUCCACCUCACAGUUACAGCCAGGAGGAAGCUUCCACCUCUUGUGUCUGUGAAAAGGAUUAUUUCAGGAGGGAGUCUGAUCCACCCACAAUGGCAUGCACAAGACCCCCCUCCGCUCCUCGGAAUGCCAUCUCAAAUGUUAAUGAAACUAGUGUCUUUCUGGAAUGGAUUCCUCCUGCUGACACUGGUGGAAGGAAAGAUGUGUCAUAUUAUAUUGCAUGCAAGAAGUGCAUCUCCCAUGCAGGUGUGUGUGACGAGUGUGGAGGUCAUGUCAGGUACCUCCCCCAGCAAAUCGGCCUGAAAAACACCUCUGUCAUGAUGGUGGAUCUGCUCGCUCACACAAACUAUACCUUUGAGAUUGAGGCAGUGAAUGGAGUGUCCGACUUGAGCCCAGGAGCCCGGCAGUAUGUGUCUGUAAAUGUAACCACAAAUCAAGCAGCCCCCUCUCCAAUCACCAAUGUGAAAAAGGGGAAGAUUGCAAAGAACAGCAUCUCUUUGUCUUGGCAAGAGCCAGAUCGCCCCAACGGAAUCAUCCUGGAGUAUGAAAUCAAAUAUUUUGAAAAGGACCAAGAGACCAGCUACACAAUCAUCAAAUCGAAAGAGACGACUAUGACUGCAGAGGGCUUGAAACCAGCUUCAGUGUAUGUCUUCCAAAUUCGAGCACGCACCGCAGCAGGCUACGGUGUCUUCAGUCGAAGAUUUGAGUUUGAAACCAUCCCAGUGUCAGUUGCAGCAUCCAGCGAUCAAAGCCAGAUUCCUAUAAUUGCUGUGUCUGUGACAGUGGGAGUCAUUUUGUUGGCAGUGGUUAUGGGCUUCCUCCUCGGUGGAAGUUGCUGCGAAUGUGGCUGUGGACGGGCUUCUUCCCUCUGCGCUGUUGCCCAUCCAAGCCUAAUAUGGCGGUGUGGUUACAGCAAGGCAAAACAAGACCCAGAAGAGGAAAAGAUGCAUUUUCAUAAUGGGCACAUUAAACUGCCAGGAGUAAGAACUUAUAUCGAUCCACAUACCUAUGAGGAUCCCAAUCAAGCUGUCCAUGAAUUUGCCAAGGAGAUAGAAGCUUCAUGCAUCACAAUUGAAAGAGUUAUUGGAGCAGGUGAAUUUGGUGAAGUUUGUAGUGGACGUUUGAAACUUCCAGGAAAAAGAGAAUUACCUGUGGCAAUCAAAACCCUUAAAGUAGGCUACACUGAAAAGCAGCGUAGAGAUUUCCUGGGUGAAGCAAGUAUCAUGGGGCAGUUUGAUCAUCCUAACAUCAUUCACUUAGAAGGUGUAGUGACCAAAAGUAAACCAGUGAUGAUAGUGACAGAGUAUAUGGAAAAUGGCUCUUUAGAUACAUUUUUAAAGAAAAAUGAUGGGCAAUUCACUGUGAUUCAGCUGGUUGGCAUGCUGAGAGGCAUUGCUGCUGGAAUGAAGUACCUUUCCGACAUGGGCUACGUGCAUAGAGACCUCGCUGCUAGAAACAUCUUAAUCAACAGUAACCUUGUGUGCAAAGUGUCUGACUUUGGACUUUCCAGGGUGCUGGAAGAUGAUCCUGAGGCAGCCUACACCACAAGGGGAGGCAAAAUCCCAAUAAGAUGGACUGCCCCAGAAGCUAUAGCUUUCAGAAAGUUUACCUCUGCUAGUGACGUCUGGAGCUAUGGAAUCGUGAUGUGGGAGGUUGUGUCUUAUGGAGAGAGACCCUACUGGGAGAUGACCAAUCAAGAUGUGAUUAAGGCAGUAGAGGAAGGCUACCGUCUGCCAAGCCCCAUGGACUGUCCUGCUGCCCUCUACCAAUUAAUGCUGGACUGCUGGCAGAAAGACCGAAAUAGCAGGCCCAAGUUUGAUGGAAUAGUGAACAUGCUGGACAAGCUGAUACGUAACCCGAGCAGCCUGAAGACACUGGUCAAUGCAUCGAGCAGAGUAUCUACUUUAUUGGCAGAACAUGGCUCCCUGGGAUCUGGGGCCUACAGAUCAGUAGGUGAAUGGCUAGAAGCAAUCAAAAUGGGCCGGUACACAGAGAUUUUCAUGGAAAAUGGAUACAGUUCAAUGGACGCUGUGGCUCAGGUGACCUUGGAGGAUUUGAGACGGCUCGGAGUGACUCUUGUCGGUCACCAGAAGAAGAUCAUGAGCAGCCUUCAAGAAAUGAAGGCGCAGCUGGCAAACGGGAUGGUGCCAUUGUAACUUCACUUGACUGUCAUGUCAUUGAAUGAAUGUUUCUGCACUUUGUAAACAAGCCCUGAGAUUUAUUUUAACAAAGAGGGGGGAAAGGAAAACUCGGUGAUUUCUAAACGUUUUGGGAGCAUUACUUUCAGCCACAGAAUUUGUAAUCAGUGUUUUAGCUUCUUCUCAAUGUCGUCAUUUUUUAAGAAACUAAUAUGACCUCCUUGGAAUAACAACACAAGGUUAAACAUGAUCUUAUCUUACAACAAAAAAAAAAACCCUUCCCACCACUUCUACAAAAUUUUGUACAUGAAAUAUAUAAUUGUACACAGCACCUUUCUAGACUGAAUGAAGGCAGCACCUUUCAAAACUUCCAAGAAUCUACUUGAAGGGCAAAGUUUUAUAGUCAUGUGUGGGCUAACACAAGCUGCAAUUUACUGAAGUUUACUUCAAGUCUUAAUUGUCUACAUAAGUGUACUGAAGAGCAAUAUGGUUAGAUAAUUUCUUAAUAGGUAACUUCUUUUGCGAUUUUAAAGUGCUGUUACACAGCGUUAAGUUAUAGAAACUAGUGUAUAAACAUGUUGCUUGAUCAAGGACAAGUAUAAUACAGGGUGUAUAUUUAUUUUUCUGUGUUAUAGAAUUUACUUUCAGCUGCUCUUCUAGAAACUCGAUGGUAAUAGAUGUGUAUAUACUGUAUCAUUGGCUGUAUACCCAGGAAUCAAUUUAAGUUGGAGUUUUGUGUAUAUGUGCUUGCACCUGUGUGCAUUACCAUUCUGCUUGCAUUUGUAAUAGUUUUAAUUUUAGCAGCAUACAGGAACAGGUGUUCCAGAGUGGAAUAUGAACAGGAGAAAUGGGGAAGCAGUGAAACAAAGUUUAACACAAGCUUUUGUCUUUUUUCCCCUCAUGUUCCCAAAAGCUACUGAGUCUCUUUAUUCACUAACAGGAAAUGUCUGGAAGAUUAAAUCCCCUUUGGCUUUUUAAAAACACUUUUUGAUAUCUGUGACAAUACAGUUCUUCUAGCCAUUAAUCUUGCACCCCUGUAAGAAAUUUCACCUUUCUGAGUCCCAGAAAAUAUCUUGUCAAGCAACAUUGACACCGAAGGGCACAUUUUCAGAAGGAUGAAGGAUUUAACUGUGCAGACUUCUGUUAAUGUUGCUAAAUCCAGGCACAUAACACUAAGCAUUACCCCUAAGUGUUAAUCCUUUGUAACCAUUUCCCUUGUAGCUCAGCUCUAGAAAUUUUGAUAACUAAGGCAGCAAUGAAAUGAUGACAAAUGUAUCUACUUCCUUCAUAAUUUUCUCUGUUUCAAGACUUGGCGUGUUUUAUUUGUUGAUCGUUGUCUAUUCAUUUGGAAAUUUCAUCUUCUAUUCAGUUAUGUCAAAUUGAAUUUAUUUUGAUGAACCAAUUUAAAGUUUUAUUUAAUUGGCCUUAUUAAGCAAUAUAAGAUACACCCUAUGUAUACUCUAUAUACCGUACUUGAUGAAGACUGAUACUGACAUUUGUGGUACCAAUUGUAAAGUUUAUUAGAAUAUGAACAAAACUGAGAUUUGUACUAAAAUAAUGAAAUGUUUGUAUUACUAAACUUUAUAGAAAUCAUGGAAUGACAUGUGAUUCAAGGAGAACGGCAUUUAAACAAAAUAGAGCCUACUUG